AUGCCGUUGCCUGUCGAAGCUGUGGAGGUCCAGACUUCACCGUCCAUAUUUCACCGAGUUAUUCUUGACAAGGUCAUUGUCUCGUCCGCGUCUCUUAUUGGCUCUCCGACAACUCGGUUGUGUUUAUGGGUUCUAGAGGGACAUGAAUGGUCGGAAUACGUCUACACUUUGCCGGAGAAUCCGCCUUUUGACCUAGACAAUGUUUCCAUCGUUGGAAUGACUGCUACCGGUGAAAUUGUCUUGUCGGAGAAGUAUACUUCUGAACGGUUUUACGUUUUCUACUUCAAUCCCGAAAGAAAGACUCUCCAACGUGUUGAAAUCCUAGGUUUGGAGAAUCGUUGUGAAGUUAACGCUUAUGUGGACCACAUAGAGGAUCUUAAUCUUAACGAUGCAAAAUACAUCAAGUCAAAGCCAAGGCCAAAACCACAAAAGCGUGACCUCUGCGACUCUGCUCCAUCUGUGAAGAGUGAAGAGCAAGCAAUCGACAAACCCUUGGCUUUAGCUAUUUUGUUCAUGUUCAUGUCUUAA